ACCUGCAGCGGCAGCUCUCACCGCCGCCUCUGCUCUCUGCUCGGCUGUUACAGAGCCGCGUCUCCCCUCAGCUUCCAUGGAGGAUGAGUAGAAACAGUCAAACUCUUUUCUAACGAAGAAUAGCGUCUAUUUAUCUCUAUGUUUUAUCUUCUAUUGUCGUCUGGGACUCGCUCGUGCUGGCUGAACGUUGGUAGUGACGUGCUGCGGUGAACGUUAGCAUCGUCAGGAACUUUCCAAAACACAGUUAGCUAACCUGCUGCUUGAACCUGAACGUAGUGAGUGUGUUUUAAUAUUUGAACAGCUGUUUAAAGGUCCUACACUCAUAUCUCCGUGGAUGUUGUGUUGGCUGACGCGUGUGCAGACCUCCAUUAAGGAUUGCAGCACUGGGAUGAUUUUGAUGGAGUGAGACACCGCUGUCGAGGCAGAUCUACAAGAAAGCUGAUCUACAUAUCUGGGUUGAAGUAGCAACUUGGAAUCCUCUCACCUGCAUUCAAACCCUGAACUGAACUGAACUUUGAGAUGGAUGGAAUAGACACCUUGCAGAGCUCGGCCCCAGAGACCAAGGCUGAGCGGAUUGCCCGGUACAAGGCAGAAAGGAGGAGGGAGCUCGCCGAGCGCUAUGGCAACACAGAUGAAUUCACAUCCAAAUAUGUCCGUAGGGACAGGAAAAUUGGAGACAUAUCCGAAACAGUGUCUUCAGAAACCAAGGAGAAAGGAAAAUAUGAGGAUAAUGGAUCGGAGCACACAUACACCAGGAGGGGGCUGAGGAAUAAAGUAGCAGAACCUGUGGAGCACACUGAUGAUGAGCCCGCCCAGGAAAAAGAGGCUACCACUCACCUCAAAGCAGACACAGUUUUAUCCUCUAAAUCCGAAGCUGUCUCCUCCUUAAAGACAUCCUCUCACUUGAGGCUGCUGGAAACUGAUGACACAGAGGAGCCAAAGGUUGACGAGAAGCCUGUGGACUCGGCCAAGAGGACUGCCAAGAUGUCUCUUUUUAAGGACCUGGAGGGGACGGAGGAUGGGAGCAGCGGCCGGUGUGCCAACGACAGGCUAAAGUGUCAGCAAAUGAGCAGUGACGAAGAGGAUUCCUCCAUCAGCCUUCCCAAAACUGAUAGAAGCAAGGUAAUGGAUGAGAAUGAGGCCGCAGAUGAGCCGUCAUGGAAGGAGCAGCACGAAUAUGCUCCCACUGUCGAAGAAAAGCCCUCCAGUCUCCUCUCCGACAGGGCUCUCCCCCUCAGCAAGAACACAGACGCCUCUCCCCCUCCCUCUCCUCCCUGCCAGCCUGCCUCGCUGCAGCGCCAAGACUCCGGGCCACGGGGCAUCAAGGGAAUCCUAAAGAAAAGCCGCUCCACCAGCGUGGAGUCGGACCACAGCGAGGGCUCCACGCCAGAUUGCGCGCCAGCCCGACAAAGCAGCGUCACCCUGAGCCACCCCGAGAGUGAGGAGGAGAUGGAGGAGAUGGAAGAGGAGGAGAAUGAGGAGGAGAUAGAGGAAGAAGAAGAGGAAGAGGUCAAUGGGGAAAACGACAGAGAGGAUGAGUCAUUAUCUGAUGAUAUCACAGACGGAGGGAGCUUCAGCAUGGAGAGACAGCAGAGGGAGGGAAGCAGCAGCAGCAGCAGCAGCAACAGCGGAGCGAGCUUUGAGGAGAUGAGGAGUCCUUCGCCUGACGAGAGCCUGGAGAAGACGUCCUCAGUGUCCGAGGAUGUUGAGGAACUGGAGAGCAGUUUGGAUGGAAGCCAGGGCUCCUCACUCAAACAGAGACUGGCAGAGUUCACAAGUGAAGGUGAGAAGAAGGAUAGAAAGAAAGCCAAACCAUCCGAGCAGGUCCAGACGUCACUGGCUGAGCGCUUCGGUCAGCUCCAUGAUGCUGAAAACGCCUGGAAGAAAAAGAAGUCCAACGUCGAUGUGGCGCCCAAGGUGUCGCUGGCAGAGAGGAUGAAGAUCCUGAAAGACAAGGAGGAGCAGUGGAAAAGCAAAGGCAAAGGAGCAGCCAACGACUCCGUCCAGUUCACUGUGGCUGGGCGCAUGGCCAAGAGAGGUCUUGUGACAGACACGGGGAAGGAUGAGUCACCUCUUAUCGCCCUCAAAAAGUCUAAUGCCACGCCUGUGAAGCCACAUGAAGAAAUCUCCAGCAGAACUGAUGUGAAGGUGGAAGGAGACAAGAGGCUCGACAAGCUCGAGUCUUUCCUCGAUAAGCUCCACAAUAAAGGUGUGAGCAAAAGCAAGACAUCCACCGUCGAGGUGACGGCAGAGACAGAGAAAGAAGUGAUGACCCUGGAUGAUGAUGAGACGUUCGGGAACUUCUACAGAUCUAUCUCACCGACAUCACUCCAGGACUCCAGCAUGGUUUUGACAGAGGAGGACCUCAGCCAGAUUCAGGCCGAUACACCAAAGCUCACCUCAGCUGUAGCAGAACACAAGCGAGCAGUACGCCCAGCCAGAAGGAACCAAGGCUCCAGGAACCCUCUGCGGGCUCUGGCCGCCCGCAAUGACAUCCGCCAGGUCUACACAGAGCAGAGGCUUAACGUGGCCUCACUGGAGACAAAGAGGAUCCAAGUGGAGAGGAUGGCAAAACACUCGAAAACUAACCUGGCUGAUGUGGCCUUGGCGGGUCUCGCCAGCAAGGAGAACUUCCGCAAGGUCAACCUGCGCAGUGUGAAAUCCACUGAUGUUGUGACCAACAAUAGCACGCUGCCUUUCAACAAGCUCAUGCUCAUUCGCAUCAAAGGUCGGAGGCACGUCCAGGUGCGCCUGGUGGAGCCCACAGCCCACUCUCUAAACAGCGGCGACUGCUUCCUUCUCAUAACACCAAAGCACUGCUACAUGUGGAGCGGAGAGUUCGCCAAUGUCAUUGAGAAAGCUAAGGCGUCCGAGAUGGCAACGUUCGUCCAGGCCAAGAGGGACCUCGGGUGUAAGGCGUCCCAGGUGACGGUGCUGGAGGAGGGCAUCAACACCGAGAGCAGAUGGGCCAAAGAGUUCUGGAGCCUGCUGGGAGGACAUACCAAGUACAGAGGGGCAGGGGAGCCGGAGGAGGACGAGCUGUACGAGAGUGGGGUGUUAGACUCUAAUGGUGUGUACAGACUGCAGGGAGACAAACUGGUGCCUCACGAAGAUGCCUGGGCCUCCAUCCCGAGUGUCACCUUGCUCGACUCCAAAGAGGUUUUAGUGUUUGAUUUUGGCAGCGAGGUGUACGUAUGGCACGGGAAAGACGUGCCCUUGGGUGACAGAAAAGUUGCAGUGAAACUGGGCAAACAGCUUUACAGCGGCAGUUACGACUACAGCAACUGCAGAGUGAACCCUUUAGACGCCUCCUGCACCAAUACAGAUGUGCCUCAAAAGGGGGAGGGUCGCCCGAGCUGGACUCUGUUUGGCCGGCUGUCCGAGCACAAUGAGACAUCCCUGUUCAGAGAGAAGUUCCUGGACUGGGCCGAGAGGAAGAAGGAGGAAGCAGCUCUAGCAGAGGAAGUCAAGAGCCCAGUCCACACCAUCGAACGACCCAUGUUCGACUUGGAACUGCAGCCAUGUGACGCCAAGGCCCUGCUGGACAACGAGCCGGAGCCGGUGAAGACAAUCCUGGAGGGAGUGAACGUCCAGCGGGGCCACGGCGUGGUGAGGGCAGAUGACGGAAGACAGGCGGAGUUGGCUACAGUAGCUGUAGAGUCCUGGCACAUCAAAGAGCACGGCGAGGAGGAACUGCCUAAAGAGAGUCUGGGCCAACUGCACGAGGGCGACGCCUACAUCAUCCGUUGGAAGUACUCUAUUACCACACUGGUUGGAAAGCGACAGAAACCCGGGGAGCUGAGUGCCGGCGCUCCUGGGAGAGAGAGGACGGCGUGUUUUUUCUGGCAAGGCAGCCGCUCCAGCGUCAGUGAGAAAGGAACGUCGGCUCUGAUGACAGUGGAGCUGGGCAGCCAUCGGGGGUCACAAGUGUUGGUGACUCAGGGAAAAGAGCCUCCGUGCUUCCUCCAGCUGUUCCAGGGAGGCUUGGUCAUCCACAAGGGCAGCAGAGAAGACAGCGCCAACAAAACAGAUGGCUGGAGGUUGUUCUGUGUCCGCGGUGAGGCAGAGGUGGAGGCCUCACUGGUGGAGGUAAAUUGCCAGCGUGCCAGUCUGCGCUCUCGUGCCAGCCUGGCGCUUCUUAACGCUCAGAAAGGCGUCCUCUACUUGUGGCACGGCUGCAAAGCACAUGUCGGUGCCAGGCAGGUGGCCAAAAGAGCUGCGGACAAGCUAACACAGAGGAAUCCUGCAGAGUUAGGUCUGAGCAGCAGCAGCAAUGUGAAAGUUGAGGAGGUGGAGGAGGGAUCUGAGCCCUCAGAGUUUACAAAGGCUCUGGGCUCGCAGGAUAAGAAGACCUACGACUGCAUGCUGCAAGAUCCAGGGAAGUACAACUACACACCUCGGCUGUUCCGGCUAAGCGCCAGCUCUGGGGUGUUCGAAGGGGAGGAGCGACUGUAUCCAGCCAGAGUGGCUGAGGGGGUGAUGGCGAUGCCUUUCCUACAGGAGAACCUUUACUCCGCACAACAGCCAGCCCUGUUCCUGCUGGAUAACCGUAUGGAGGUGUACCUGUGGCAGGGCUGGCAGCCUGAGGACACACAAUGUACCGGCUCUGCAAAGAUCCGCUGGAACAACCAGAGGAAGUGUGCCAUGGAGACGGUGCUGCAGUACUGCAAAGAGAAGAAUCCCCGACGCCCCCCUCUGGCAUAUCUGAUCCUUGCAGGCUGUGAACCUCUCACCUUCACCAACAUCUUCCCAUACUGGGAGAAGGACACCAGUAUCUCUCCAAAGGCCGAAAGCUCCAAGAACAAGGUGAUGUUAGUAAAGGAGGCGCUGUCUCAGCUCAGUAAGCAGCAGUACUCCAUCGAGGAGCUGACCAGGAAGCCGCCACCAGAGGGAGUGGACCCUCUGCGCCUGGAAGAUUACCUCUCUGACGAGGACUUUAAGAAACUUCUUGGAAUGAGUCGAGUCGAGUUCAACGCUCUGCCAAACUGGAAGCAAAAGAAUCUGAAGAAAAGCAAGAGCCUGUUUUAAAAUUCAUCAUUUUGUACACAAAUCUGCCUGUUUUUUAUGUUCUCAGCAGCUUUUCUUACAUUUUUUUUUUUAUUCCAAGAAAAAAAAAAAUCAUGUCCUCAUUUUGUAAAGGACAAAGAAAAGCAAAUGUACAAUUUUGUUCAAAUGUUGAUCUAUUUUUAAAUAACAAUGCCAUUUUUUAAUGUUUCCCUGAAAUAUUUUAGCCAAUCAUUAUGUGCAAUUGUUUAAUCUUUUUGAUGGCGAGAUGUUUUCCCUGUAUGGUUAAAAAAAAAAAAAAAAAUAGUUACCCUCAUGUUAUAAAUAUGUAAUAUACUAUAAAUGAAUGUGUUUGUGCGUGUGACACCGAACAGGUGUCGAUUUUUGUGCGAGAAUGUGUCUGUGUGAAAAUUGCCUGUGGUUUUAAAACUGAGGGAGUUAUUCAUUGAUUUUUAUAUUUCACGGGAGAAGCCAGCUCUGUGUAAUGGGAUUAAAUUGUUCAGCAAAAAUGUCUCCAAUUAGAGGCUGACAAAGAAAAGAAGCAAACAAAUCAAAGUUUAGAGAACAUUCGCUAUAAUUGUGGACAUUUGAGAGAAACGUGGUCGUAAACAAAGAUUGUAUUGUAGACGUCUGACUCAUAAUUGUAACAGCAAAUAUAUCCUUUUAAUUGAAGGUGUGUUUGGAUGGGGUGUGAGAAAGUAAACUCCCAAAUCCCAAAGAAAACAUGAAAAGUUAACUCCAUCAUAUUGAUGCUACUGACUGUCAGCAUCACUGAAACUAACCCUGGUUUGGUACUGAAUACUUCCUGGUUCUCAUGAACAACUGCCUGUGCGCCAGUGAUGGCAGCCAUCUGAUCAACUGGUUUUUAGGGACCAAAUUUAAUCUUUUUGUCUUGUUAUAAAUGUGAUGUGUGUGUGUGUGUGUGUGUGUGUGUGUGUGUGUGUGAGAGAGAGUGUGCAACUCUAAAAGUAUUAAGUGUGUGUGGGAAUGUGUGAGAGUGACUACCUGUGCAUUUAUAGCUGUAGCUGACACCACAAAUGUAUACUGCGAAUGUGAUGGAAUGGUGUGUGUGAAUCAAACUGCCUGUGAUGUCGGAAUUAGGAAACUCUCUGCAUGAUGUUCACAAAAAUAUUUUUGCUCUACUCAAGUAUUAAUGUGCUGCAAUAUGCAUCUUUUUUUUGUGAUACAUAAGAUCUGCAUUAUAAGCGGAGACAAGCUUCCAGGCCAGCUUUUACUUCAUGGCACAUACCAGUACACAUUGGUGGGAGGGAAAUGAGAUAUUAAAGUUCACAAUUCCCCUUUUUAAAUAAAGUAUUUUAAAAAUGCUUGGUUGUUACUGUCU